AAAGAAGAAGGGAAUUUCACCUCCUUCACUUCUUCUCACAGACUGACAGGUGUGACAUUCAAGACUAAUCAUGACUAAGAACUUCUUGUCUAUAAAUGAUCAGCUCCAUAUGGGCCAAUUUCUGAUGUCCAACAGCAGGCAGUAUAAGGCUAUCUUCCAGGAUGAUGGUAACUUUGUCGUCUAUGCCUGUGCCAAUAGCCCACACAAGGCUGUGUGGGCCACAGGCACUAAUGGAUCAGACGCUGUCCGCGUGAUCAUGCAGGCUGACGGCAACCUGGUCAUGUACAACCAAAGUAACCAACCCAAGUGGAGCUCAGGGACAUACAUCAAGGGAACGUGUGACAAGUGCCGUGUUGAACUGACCGAUGGUGGCAAACUGGAGUUAACCAGAACCGUAACUGAAAAAGUUUGGCACUCAUGAUGAAAUUAUAUCUUCACAUGACAUCACAAAGCUUUGUUAAAUUGAAUGCUUUGCAAGUCAUCUUUGAAUGCCGUGUGAAUUACAAUAAACCUGCCUGCUAUGUAAUCUGGAAUCAUAUAAAAGCACAUUUUCACACUGUA